AUGGUUUUAGAAUCGCCCGGGGCAUAUCGACGAGCUUUUAAAAAGCUAACCCGUCGUGUGAGAAAGGGACAGUAUGAGGCGAUAAACACGUGGGAAGAUUCCAAACGCACGCAUACCCCCCACCACUGGCUCUAUAGCGCGCAUGUAGUGACGGAAAUUGUGUUAGUGCACUAUGUUGUGUACGUUAUGAAUGGUCUGGACCGUUGCUUCUUCGAUCAACGUGAGUCGCAACAACAUGGGGACGAUUGCGGUUACAGUUAUAUAAGCCUGGGCCGGCUACACCCAUACGGCUCGGGCAGCGGUUCGAGCAGCGGUAGCGGGCGGCGUCGCACGCGCCGUGGCCUCUCCGACUCGCCGACCGCCCCCACCACCCCUACGUCGGCAUCGGACAACGCUUCUGACGCCACUCUCACAGACUCAGAGCUACCACUAGCCAGAGAUUCUACGUUGCUCGUUCAGAACGGUAUGUGCGAAUUGCUAUACAUA